AUGGUAUCCUCCGUCUAUGCUCUCCUCGGAGCAUUGGUCGCCUAUGGCGUCUACGCCUGCGUCUCCGGCUUGCAGCGCAACAUAGCUGAGGCGAAGAAGAGCGGGUUGCCGUACAUUAUAUCCCCUGUGUCGCCCUUCUCCAUGGGAUGGCAGCUCACCCACAAGCUGUGGCUCCCAAUCGUCAAGUCUCUACCGAAAGUGUGGUGGGAGAACUGGCUCCCAAUCUCCAUCCCCAACUACUCCUACACUCUGCUCCAUGAACCCUUCGCGCGCCAUGGCGAGACCUUCAUGAUCGUCUCCCCCUUCCAGAUCCUCAUCCUGACCGACAGCGCCGAGGCCAUCCACUCCAUCACCCAACAGCGCGAGAAGUUCCCCAAGCUGGUCGAGACGUACGAGAUCCUCAAGCAGUUCGGCGACAACGUCCUGACCACCGAGGGCACCGUCUGGCGCAUGCACCGCAAGGUCACCUCCGCCGCCUUCAACGAGAAGAACGCCGCCCUCGUCUUCGCCGAGUCCAUCAAGCAGGCACAGAGCAUGACGCAGAAGUGGCUCGGCCCUAACGGCGAGGGCAAGAUCGACACGCUGGACCACGACACGAUGCGCCUCGCGCUCAACAUCAUCAGCUACGUUGGGUUCGGCAUGCGGCUGCUCUGGCCCGGGCAGACGCUGCCUGAGGGUACGGAUCCGAAGCUCACCAAGUAUAGCUCGCUUGAUGCGCCUCCGGGACACACGAUGAGCUUCGUCGAUGCGAUUGCCGAGAUGCUGGAGCACAUUUUGGUUUUGUUGCUGGUUCCGCGGUGGUUGCUGAAGCUGCUGCCGUUCAAGUACACCAAGCUCGCGCUGGAUUCGCACGAUAACUACGAGCAGUACAUUGACGAGCUGAUGCAAGACAAGAUCGAGGACUUACAGAGGGGCGACCACGGCGACGCGGGUAUGGAUUUGAUGGGCCAAUUGGUGCGGUCCAAGUAUGGCAACGAGGGCGAGAUCAAUGGGGGCGUGAACGGCAUCGUGGGCAAGGGCAAGGAUUCGAAGAUCCCCCAGUUGUCGAAGUCGGAAAUCACGGGAAACGCCUUCAUCAUGCUCGUCGCGGGCCACGAGACGACAGCCAACGCCAUGCACUUCGGCUGCAUCGAGAUUGCCUGUAAUCCGGCGGUGCAGCGGCAGCUGCAGAGAGACAUCGACGGCAUCUUUGGCGACAGCGACCCGAGCACAUGGAACUACGAGAGUACCGUCAACCCCAUGCUUGCCUCGAUGCUGGGUGCUUGCAUGAACGAAACGUUGCGAAUGACGCCGGCUGUGACGGAGAUCCCUAAGAAGGUCGACCCUGAAGGCGACGGCAUUCUAUCCCUUGACGGCGAGAAACACGCUUUGCCCAAGGGCGCGUACAUUUCCAUCGUAGGAGUAGCAGCGCACCGCAACCCACGCAACUGGCCGUCGAAGCCAAGCGCUAUCACAAAUGAGCCGCACGACCUCAACGACUAUGUGCCGGAGCGGUGGUACCGACAAAGCGCGGAGCAGGCGGAGGUCAAGAGCGGGGACACGGAAGAUUACGGCGGCUACAAGGGCUCCGACACCAGCGAGAAGAUGUUCAGGCCGGUGCGGGGGUCCUACGUGCCCUUCUCCGACGGCCCGCGGUCAUGUCUGGGGCGGCGGAUCGCGCAGGUGGAGAUCAUCGCCGCGCUGUCCGUCAUCUUCCAGCGGUACAGUCUCGAGCUGGCGGUCGACGAGUGGGCGAGCGAUUCCGAGGUCGAGGCGAUGGACCGGGCGGAGAGGGCGAAGCUGUACAAGAAGGCGCAGGAGAAGUGCCGGGCGACGUUGAGGACGGCGAGCACCAUGUUGACGUUGAAGUUGCCGCAGGGCGUUAGCGUGCCGCUUCGCAUUGUGCCGAGAGGACAGGAGAGAUUUGUAAAUUUUGUCGACUCUGCCUAG